GAGUUGUUUCUACGGUCUCCGCUGCACAUAUGAUGUCUCAUCUAUAUUAUUAAUCUUAUCUUAUAACUAGAAGAGCACUUUAUCUUUGGUUCUUGCUCCCUUCACAAUAAAAUUUCUCAUCAUUUCUUUUCAUUAUUGCUUUUAAACCAGCUAGCUAGGUGUUUGAAAACAUAUUUAUAGCUAUGGCGGAUGACAAGCUGAUUCUGUUGGAUUUCUGGGCAAGUAUGUUCGGCAUGAGGGUCAGAAUAUCUCUAGAUGAAAAGGGUAUUGAGUACGAGUAUAAAGAACAAGAUCUGUUUGACAAAGGUCCCUUGCUUCUUCAAAUGAACCCGAUUCAUAAGAAGAUCCCGGUUCUCAUCCAUAAUGGAAAACCGGUGUGUGAGUCUCUUAUUAUUUUGCAGUACAUCGACGAGGUUUGGCCUGACAAAGCUCCUUUGCUACCAUCUGAUCCUUACCAGAGAACCCAAGCAAGGUUCUGGGCUGACUUUAUUGACAAGAAGGUGUAUGAUGCUAGUAGGAAGAUAUGGGCCACAAAGGGAGAAGAGCAAGAGGCAGGGAAAAAGGAUUUCCUUGAAGCGUUGAAGAUGUUGGAAGGAGAGCUUGGAGAGAAGCCAUACUUCGAGGGCGAGAGGUUUGGAUAUGUAGAUGUUGCUCUAGUGGGAUUCUACAGCUGGUUUUAUGCGUAUGAGAGUUUUGGAAACUUCAGCAUCGAGGCCGAUUUCCCCAAGAUCACUGCUUGGGCCAAUAGGUGCCUGCAGAGAGAGAGCGUCGCCAAAGCUCUUGUCGAUGGAAAAAAAGUCCACGAGGUUAUUGUCGAUUUGAGGAAGAGCUGGGGAAUCGAGUAGAGAAACUGUGCGUUUUGCUUUUCUUUUCUUUCUAAUAAUUGACGAAGCGAGGGAGAGACUAGAGGUGGCCCUGCCCCUGCCCCUGCUCCUUUUUUAAAAAUAAAGAUAUAUUUUACAUAAUUUCUAGUUGACAUUACAUAGUAAUGUUCGUUUUUUUUGAAUUUGUGUUUAUUUGGAUCCACGGCGCUAGCUUGCUACAUUCACUAUAUGACAGUUUGGUGUGAUGUUCAAAGCUUAUUCUGUAAUUCUGUUGCAUUUUGUCAUGGAAUAAAAUAUUAAUUAAAGAUCUCA